AACAUCGAUGUCUCGAGCCACGAUCAAGUAGCUGACGCUACAGCCACUCAGCUAUGCCUAGCCGUUGCUGAUUUGUACAUACAAGUGCCUGAAUGGAAGGAUUGGGUUGCUGAGCUAUUAAAUCGGUUCUCAUCCUUGGGUGGGGACAGGACGAGGAUGUUGCUGACGUUGUUACGAGUGUUCCCCGAAGAAGUUCAGUGCUCCAGAGUAGGCGAAAACCGCCGAAAUGAAAUCAGAAAUGAGCUGGCUGCUAGUGCAGCUAGCGUCUUCACGUACUUGGUGAGCUACCGGAAACAAUUCUUGAAAUUUUUUUCGCAAGUUCUCGAAAAUUAUGCCUCUGAUCAAGAUAUGAUCAAGAAGGUACUCCUAUGCAUGUCAUGCUACUUGCAAAACCCAGCCUUGUCUACAGAGUGUCUGGCGUCGAGUCCGUUGCUGAACACUGUAUUUCAAAUACUGGCUGCACCCAAUGCUCCUGGCAGUCUGCAUGAUGCGGCUACGGAAUGUGUUGUCUCCGCGUUAAUACGGGCUGAAGACUAUCAGACACAUCAGGCUCUUGCGAUGAAUCUACAACAAGCCGUAUAUCAGCUUCAUGGUCCCUUCAAUCAAGCCGUUGCGAUGGAGGACAUGGACAAGCUGCAAAACUUUGCUCGAAUUUUUGUCGAACUGGCAGAAUCUUUCAUUGAGAAGCUUGUUAAUGAUGGUAGUGACGAUCCG